ACAAAGUCAUUACUGCUUAAGAAGACGCAGCCAUGAGGAAAUACAAGCCAGCUUAAACCACGUUACACGUGUGUUCUUUCAUCUGAAUUCAUUUUUGUGGUGUUUCUUGCAGGAGAUACGGGCGUGGAAGUGAAAAUAUUUUCUUUUCAUCAUGAGGAAGGGAAUGUAAAAUUUUUGUGUGUGUGCGGUCCUGGAGAGAACACACGGAGCAGCGCGAGAUCUGAUUAAUGACAUGAUUAGCCUAAUAAAAACAAGUUUUCCGCUACAGAUAGUAAUGUGACAGUUUGGCUAAGACGCUGCAGAUUGUUUAUUUAUUUAUUUACUUCUCACGGAUUUCUCAGACACUGGAAAUAACUAAUGGGUAAAACAGUUCUUCUGAGACUGCUGGGGUUUCUGAUACAGGUUGUGAGUUUUCCUGGUCUGAGUGGUCCAGCGUCUGUCCGUGUACAGGUGGAGUUCUGCAGAUUUCCACUCAGCCUUGAGCCUGAUGCUUACACACUUUUAUUGGGAAACAAGGUGCUGAGCAGCAGUGUGGUGUGUCAGGGUGUGUGUGAGUGUAUCAUGGAUGUACUUGUACCAGAGUCGUCUCCGGAACUGAAUCUGACUUUACAGUCGUACGAACGGGGCAAGAUGUUGGAGGGCAGAUUCUUCAGGCUGGUUCCUCUGCAGGGCUCCUUUCUGAAGGUCCAGGUCUCUUCUACCAGCGCUGUGCUCAGCUGGACUGACCGGACCACUGAACAAACACAGCACGUGUGUGUAGAUGGUCAGUUUUGGACGCUUUCAUCUUCUCAGCCGUCGCGCUUGGUGUCAGGACUGCAACCUGGAACACGGUACACAGUUACUGUAGAGCAGAAAACACACCUUCCACAUAUCAAUAUCACACUCACGGAGAAGCUGCAGCUGGCUAUCGAGACAGGCAGGUGUCCUGUGGGCUGGGUGGCGUCAGGAUGGAACUGUUUCCUGGUCAGACAGGAUGUACGGACGUGGUCUGAAGCACAGCGGGUGUGUGAGAGCACUGGGUCAGGGGUCCACCUGGCCAGUAUGAAGAUGGACACUGACUUCCUGUCUGUCUCUGCCGAACUCCAGUCCCACAACCACCUGCUGCUGCUGUGGACCUCUCUGAAUGACCGAGGGGAAGAGGGUCAUCUGUGCUGGGCUGAUGGCUCCGCCUACAACCUGAGUGUUGCUGUAAUAGCAUCUCUCUCAGCCAAUCAGACGGACUGUUUUGCCCUUCAGAAGAACGCCACAGGACCAGGCUACUUCUUCACCUCUCUACCGUGUGACGUACAGCUUCCCUACCUCUGCCACACACCAUUGCUGCAGAGGUCUUUCUCUGGCCUGUAUGUGGACAGCGUGCAGGAGACAGAAGCAGUCUUCAGCUGGUCAGACAUUUCUCAGCUCCACUCGUCUCUUGGCUCAGUGCUCAGCCUGCAUGUUCAUGACCGGUCCGGUAGCCGAGUCCUCACACACACUCCGCUUGGACACACUCUGAAUAGAAAGCGUGUGCAUGGACUCUCCCCUGGACACAUCUAUUACGUCUCUCUCGGCCUUACACACCCCGGUGGAGCGUUUCAAACCCUCGGCCCUGUUUUCAUACUUAAAACCAGACCAAACCCUCCACAGAACAUCACUGUGACGGAUGUCACAUCCAGUCAGAUUGCACUGUCCUGGGAUGCCCCUGACUCUACCCAUGAUGCUUUGUUUGAGCGCUACUUCCUGUACUGGGUGGAUGCAGCAUCUCUUAGGGGGCGGGGCUUGUGGUUGAACAGAGGGAAUCUCAGUGCUGUGAUUGCUGAGCUGAAAGCUUAUCAUGUAUACAGAAUCAGUCUGGUGUCAGUCACAGCAGAGGGGGUGGAGAGCUCUGAAGCCACCCCCCUGGUUGUCAUCACAGAGGUUAACCCUCCACGCAGUGUUUCAGUAUCAGCUAUUGGGACAGAAAACCUGACCGUGUGCUGGGAGAAGCCUCGUGACGAUGAGGUUGAUGCAUAUCACAUCCAGCUACGGCAACACACUCCACGUCAGGGGCGCUCCCGAGAAUUCUUUGUGAAUAGCUCAGACUGUAUAACGUUGACGACGCUUGUGCCUGGUGAAACGUAUGAUGUGGGUGUGGCUACAGAAAGGGGCGGGAACAGGAGCCUGGAGAAAACCUUACAACUGACAUUAAAGCCACAGAUGGUCCGAGAUGCCGUCCCGUAUGCUGUGGACACGGACUCCGUGGUCCUGUUUGUACAGAUGCCCACUAGUGGUGUUUAUGAUGGCCUCGCUGUAGCUUCCAGCAGGAACCGCACCUGGAUUCCGAUGUCCAGCGGGACGAGUAAAGCUGUGGUGGCGAAUCUGAGUCCAGGAAUGGCGUAUGAUUUCCAGCUGUUUGUCACCAGCAGAGGCGUGAGCAGUGACGGCUUCGGUUUGCCCCCGGUCAUCACCUGUUUGGCACCUCCAUUGCGUGUGCGUGCCGGUGUUGUGACAGAACACUCAGUAGAAGUGCUGUGGGAUCGAGCACAAGGCCACGAGCACACGUAUGAAGUGCUUUGUAUGGGCUGUACUGACACUGUCAUGGUGCAGAAGGUGUCACAGACUCGGGCGGUAUUUCAUGGUGUGAUCGCUGGAAAGCUGUGUAACAUCUCAGUGCGCACAGAGAAGGAGUCUUUCAGAGACAGUGCACCUGUUUUCCUCACCAUCAGAGCUUUCCCUAGCUCGGUCACGUUACUGCUAGUGCGGAGGACGGCAUCGUCUGUGUGUGUGAGCUGGAGCGAUGGACCAGGAGUGUGUAACGCUUUCAUCCUGUCUAUCCGAAACUCCACCUACAACCUGCAGAUGAGGCUCAGGGUCUCUGAUGAGAGACAGUAUAACUUUGACCAUCUUCCUCCUGGGACUGUUUACACUGUCGAGGUGAUUAGUGUGAGUGGAGAGAGACACAGUUUUCCCACUGCACUUACUGUUAACACGUUUCCAGCACCUCCUGAUGCCAUCACCUUUAUUGAACAGGAAGGAAAUGCCAUGUACGUCACCUGGACACGACCACAGGGACAAGUCACUGGCUACAGGUUGUUCUACAGGCUCAGUAUGGACACUUCUCUUCCUCACCGAGUCAUCGUCCAUGGCAACCACGUGAAGAUAAAUGACCUCAUCCCAGGAAGUGAUUAUGAGUUUGAGAUCCAGUCCUUCCUGGGGGAAGAUUUCAGCCAGAGUGUCAGCAAGAACACCUCCACUAGUCCGGCAGGUGUGUGUUCUCUUUCUCUGUCUCACGUCAACUCCUCAUCUGUCACACUGGCUUGGGACGUUGCCGUCGGCCAUUUUGACUUCCACAGGGUGACUGUCAGUAACGAUUCACACCGCUGGGUGUACAGCGUGAGCGCAGACACUCGGGAAUACACCGUGAGCGGCCUGCAUGACGGCUGCUCCUACAACACCGCUGUGGAACGAGUCAGGAACAUGCAGAGCGGGACAGCUGCCACUCUUAGCGUACACACAGUCCCUGCUAUUCCUGAAGACGUGUCUGUGGUCAGUGUGUCUCCUCGCUCGUUUUCUCUAUACUGGCUGCCAUCUUCCGGAUGUGAUCAGCGCUAUUCGGUCCAUCUUACCCCAGACCAUGGCAAUGUGACCAUGAUAACUACAGAAGAUGGACAUAUACAGGCCAAUGUGUCCAGUGUGAGUCCAGGAACACAGUACACAAUAACAGUCAGUGCGGUCGCCUCCUCGGGACUGAGCUCUGCUGUGAGCCGCUCCAUCACCACCUCUGAAUCUGUUCCUGCAGCGCCCUUUAAACCAGAAGGAGAGCGAGUGGGCUCGAAUGGAAUCCUCCUCUCGUGGAAGAUGCCAUCUCCACCUGACCUGACCAUCGACUCGUUCAUCAUCAGAUACAAGGAAGUGUGUCCACAUCCUGACCCCACCUUCACUGAGGUCAGGAAGAACAUGGACAUCCCAGAAACCCUGCUGAACACACUCUCACCGGGGGCCACGUAUAAUAUUAAGGUUGCAGCAAUGAAUAAGGCAGGAGUCGGACCCUUUAGCCAGUCACUUUACUUCAAAACUGCAGAGGCCCCUCCUGGCAUGGUGACAAAUCUCACGGCUUUUGCUCAGAAUCACUUCUCUGUGGAACUGAAAUGGUUUCUACCCGUACGCAUCAACGGACUCAUCACUAAGUUCGCAGUGAAAGCCAAACACGCCAGAACAGGGCAGACGGUCCAGACUCUGGAGCUCAACGCUGAGGAGAUCAUGAACGGAGCUCUGCCUCACUGCAACGAUGCUGCAGACUUUCUGUCCCGUGGAACUCCAAGCCCCUCCAUAACCCCAGUAAUAACAUCUGCAUUGCCACCUCUCACCAUGUCGGCCAUUCCUCCCGCCUCCAUCUGGAAUGUACCAAUCACAGUGGGAAUGGACAUGCUCCGUCCCUAUACUGCCUAUGUGUUCGAGGUGUCCGCCUUCACCAGUGAUGGGGAGGGACAAAUCGCCAGCACUAUGGUCCGCAUGCCAGAGGCUGCUCCUGAAGAUUAUCCACAGAAUUUGUCUGUAUGGAACAUAACCUCAAAAGCCGUCUCCCUGUCCUGGGAGUCUCCAGCCAUCAUCACAGGACGUUACACCUACGUCGUCCAGCUCUACGGCCCUGCAGGUCUCAUUAGUGAGAACAGUACGAGUGAACAGACGAUCAUUUACAAUGGACUGACUCCAUACACACACUACCACAUCAUGGUCAUGGCCAAAUCAGCCGGAGCUACCGGGCCUGCUGCAAAAAUCAACAUCUCAACACCUUCAGAGGCCCCCAGCGCAGUGUCGUAUCUCAGCGCAGUAGCUGUGGACUCCACGUCUGUGCGUCUGUCCUGGGGAACCCCGAACCAGCCCAACGGACUCAUUACUCACUACCGUAUCCUCGUCCUGCACCAUGAGACACUUGUACAGGACAUCAUGCUCCGAGCACUGCAGCAGAAUACAAGCCAGAAUGGUGCUAACACUGGAUCUGACCCGGUACCUAUUCUGAGCUCCAUCCAGCCACGACUGUCCACAAGAUCGGUGAUCACAGGCAUGACAUUGCAGCCACAUGACUUCACGCAAACAGCAGUCACGAGCCGGAUCGACGUUCUGCCACCCGCCGAAGUGCUCGUCAACUUAUCGUCCAAUCACAUCUCCUAUGUGGUGACAAGACUGAGUCCUUUUACCGACUACAACUUCAGCGUAUCUGCUUUCACUACUGUAGGAGAAGGACCUGCUAUGCUGAUCGCACAGAAAACUCCAGAACAGGUGCCUAGCUCUGUUCAGGAUGUGUCCUAUGCCAACAUAAGCUCCACCUCCAUCUUUGUCAGCUGGAAUCCACCUCUGAACCCCAACGGGAAGAUCACACACUACACCAUUUACAUCUUCAACCUGCAUAGUAACAAGGUCCAGCAACAGGUUACAAACACCACUAGUAUCAUCCUCACAGGUUUGGAUAAAUACACACAGUAUAAGGUACGUGUGGCCGCGUCGACAGCAGCAGGCGAGAGCCCUGCGUCUGAUGAGGAUAACAUCUCCGUACUGACGCUUGAGGAUGAGCCGGAUUCUCCUCCAUACAACCUGGUUGUUUUGAACACCACGUGGUCCACUGCCACCAUCACCUGGUCUCCUCCCGAUAAACCCAACGGCAUCGUCCUUUUCUAUGAGGUGACCUACAGCAAUGCCACUUUCAACUACACGGUGAACUCGACUGUUCCCAGCGUCACACUGCACCACCUCAAACCAUACACUCUCUACAAUGUCACUGCACGUGGCUACACACGGCUUGGACAUGGAGAUCAGACCUCCGCCAUGCUACAGAUGUUGUCGGGGGAGGAUGUGCCUGGCAGUCCUCCAUACAUGCUUGUUUAUGACAGCAUAAGCUCCAGCGAGGUGAAUGUGUCCUGGUCGCCACCCCUCGUGCCCAAUGGCGUCAUCUUGUACUACACUGUGGAAUAUUGGAACACCACACACACUCUGAAUAUCAGCACACACACGCCGUCUGUGCUCCUGUCCAACCUGCGCAAGUACGCACACUACCGCCUCAGCGUUCAGGCAGCCACUCGAGUCGGACUGGGGAACCACAGCAGCGAAAUCCUCAACAUCACAACUCUCGAGGAUGUGCCGAGUGGUCCAGUCCAUAAUCUCUCGGCUCAGCUUUACGGUUCUACGGCUGUAGUGAUAAGUUGGGACCCCCCUCUGGAGCCGAAUGGUAGAGUCUUCUACCUGCUAAGCCUUCAGGAAGCGGGCAUAACCCACCCGUCCAUCAACCGCACGGAAAACCAGACCAUUACCAAGACGACCACCGACACGAUUUUCCUUUUCACCAAACUCAGGAAGUACUUCCCCUACGUGAUAACGGUUACCCCGGCAACUAGUGCAGGCUCCGCCUUAGACCACACCUCCGUACUGCACCUGAGAACGGAUGAUGAUGUACCCAGUUCAGCUCCCUUGCUGGGUAUGAGCAGGAAUCUCUCCUCCACCUCUAUCCUGGUGUCAUGGUAUGCUCCUGUGGAACCGAAUGGGGAGAUAAUCGAAUACGCCGCAGUUCUACACGGUCCCCGAGGAUCCAACAGCACGUACACACCCAACUCACAGCUCACUCUUACACACCUCACCCCGUACACAGCCUACAACCUCUCCAUCUCUGCGGUGAAUCGUAAGGGCAUGGGACCCUCGCUCAUGUUACCUCUGCACACUGAUGAAGCAGGUCCAAUGUCUCCACCACGAAACCUGAGCAUCUUUAACCACUCUUCUGACUCAGUGUGGCUUCACUGGGAACCCAGUCUGGAGCCCAAUGGUGUCAUUCAACAUUAUGGAUUCAAAAUCGUGGACCUGAACACGAAUGCUGUUAUAUACCAGAACUCCACAAGUGCCUCUACUCAGGCAGAAUUACAUGGCUUCACACCUCAUAGCUCUUAUGAGAUAAGUGUGUCUACUUACACGAGAGCAGGCAAUGGAGACCAGUACAGUCUUCCUGUUACCUUUACUACCCUCGAGUCAGUGUCCGAGGUGGUUCGAAAUCUGUCCUGUUCGGGCCUGGACUGGGAUUCAGUCUAUAUGGAAUGGGAGCCUCCAGCAAACCCGAACGGAGAGAUUUUGCUUUACAAAAUUAUCUCAGCAGAUCACACAGAGGAGGCGUUUCCCCUAAUGCUUACACAUAAACUUGCGUACACUUUCAGCGGCCUGCGUCCCGACAUACUUUAUGUCAUCUCUGUGGCUGCUGUUAACUCAGCGGGUCCAGGAAAAGAGGCCAACUGCACAGCACAUACACUACCAGAGUCAGUUCCUGGUCCCCCAGAGUCGCUGUCUGUGGUGAAUAUUAGCUCGGAUGCUGUGACUGUGAGCUGGCUCCGUCCUGCCCGAGUCCCCGGGCUCUUACGGGGUUACAGAGUGGAGAGACAGCUAGUGUGUAGCCUAGAGGAUGAUGCUUCCUGUGUGGAGAGUGAGGUUUUUCUGUCGGUAAAUGUGACGGAAUAUGAUAGAAGGGAGAUAACAGUAACACUGCAGCCCCUGCGUAAAUACAGGCGCUAUCGUGUCAGAGUGACGGCAUGGACCAACGCCGGAGAUGGAGAACCUACGGCGUGGAUGUACAUACAGACAGCAGCAGGAAACCCUGACGCCCCACCAGUUGCUGUCGCAGCAGUUCCUUCAAUCUCUGGGAUGAAAAUCACUUGGGAUGAACCGGCAAUCAUCUCCGGCCCCACCUCCUACCUCAUUGAUGUUAUUGCUCUGGACAGUUCUGAUCAUAAUGUGACAAUAGUGAGGAAAGCAGGAGAAAUCCAGAUGGUGGUCAUUGGGAACUUGACUGCUUACACUUAUUACUCCGUUACUGUCACUGCCUUUACUGGAGACGUGGCCGACGCCCGCCGAGACGGCAUGACCUCUACACCCGUCGUCGUCAGGACACUAGAAGGGGAACCAAAGGAUCCACCCAAAAACGUGACCCUGACCAUCAUGCCAGAAGAAGUGACCCGUGUAUAUGUAACAUUCUCACCACCGGAUGAGCCUAACGGCAACAUCAGUGCCUAUCAUGUCUAUAUUUACCGCGAUGGACGACUGGACUUCGAGAUCGACAGCUUGCCGGUGGUCAGUAACCCGAACAAGACCAUGACUGCUGUUAUACAGGGUCUUAAAGGAGGAUUCAACUACAGCAUACAGAUAGCUGCAGUGAAUGGAGCAGGAUUCGGGCCCAGAUCAGAAGUCAGAAUCAGCAUGCCGAUAAAAGCCCCACCGAUGCCCUCUAAGAGGCCAGCGGUAGCCCUGAACAGUGUAGGCGUUGUCAUGGCAACACACCAAACCAUCACUAUCGAGAUGCCUUUGUGUUUUUUCUCAGAUGACAACGGUCCUAUUCAAAAAAUCCAGGUCAUCGUCUCAGAGCCGGCAGUGAUGGACUACAGCAAUGUAUCUAACUGGAAAACCGUGUUCCUCCACGCUACUGCCCCGUACGUGACGGACGAAGGCUUUCCAAACCCGGAGUGCUCGGAGGAUCCGAGUUCAAAUAAAGAUAGAACUUUGAAAAACAUACGUUCCAGGAUGUACGUGAUUGGAUCGGAGGAAGGAUGUUUCUCUGAGGAUGCACAGCUCCUCUGUAACGGGCCUUUAAAAGCCAAAACGUACUACGUAUUUAAAUUCCGUGCAACGAAUAUCCUCGGUCAGUACACGGACUCUGUGUACUCGGAGAGGGUCAGAACGGCAGAUGAUGGUCUUUUGACUCGGGAUGAGCAGAUCAUACUCGGAGUGCUCCUGUCUUUUUUCCUGGCGUUGUUCCUGAUCUUGAUUAUAUACGCUUCUGUGCGGAUCCAUCAGAGGCAGAAGGAGGGCGGCACCUAUUCUCCACGAGAAGCAGAGAUUAUUGAGACCAAGCUGAAGCUGGAUCAGCUGAUAGCAAUGGCAGACAUGGAGCUGAAAGAGGAAAAGAUCCAGCGGCUGCUCAGUUAUAGGAAAUCUCUCAAGCCGAUCAGUAAGAAGGCUUUCAUUCAGCACGUGGAGGAUCUGUGUGCCAAUGACAACGCCAAGUUUCACGAGGAAUUUGCUGAACUGCCCAAGCUUCUGCACGACCUGGCAACAUCGGACGCUGACCUGCCAUGGAACCGCUCCAAAAACCGCUUCACAAACAUUAAACCCUAUAACAAUAACCGAGUGAAGCUGCUGUCUGAGCCGGGGAUCCCGGGGUCUGAUUACAUCAAUGCUAGCUUUGUCUCUGGUUAUCUGUGUCCUAAUGAGUUUAUAGCCACUCAGGGACCUCUUCCUGGCACCGUGGCUGAUUUCUGGAGAAUGAUUUGGGAAACCAGGACCAAAACCAUCGCCAUGCUCACGCAGUGCUUUGAGAAGGGUCGGAUUCGCUGUCAUCAGUACUGGCCGGAGGACAACAAGCCGGUCACCGUGUUUGGUGACAUCAUCAUCACAAAGCUGACGGAGGAUGUGCAUCCGGAUUGGACUGUCAGAGUGCUCAGAGUGGAGAAGCAUGGCGACUACAUGGUGGUGCAUCACUUUAACUACACGUCCUGGCCAGAGCACGGUGUUCCUGAGUCCAGCUCCACUUUAAUACAGUUCGUCAAAGCCGUCAGGUCCAACAGAGGCCACGACAAUGCAACCAUCGUAGUGCACUGCAGUGCUGGCGUGGGCAGAACCGGAGUCUUUAUAGCUCUAGACCACCUGAUUCAGCACAUCCGAGACCAUGACUUUGUGGACGUGUACGGCCUGGUGGCAGAACUGCGCAGUGAGAGGAUGUGCAUGGUGCAGAAUCUGGCUCAGUACAUGUUUCUGUAUCAGAGCACUCUGGAUCUGCUGACCAGCAAAGGCAACAGUCAGUCCAUCUGGUUCGUUAACUACUCGGCGUUGGAGAAAAUGGACUCGCUGGAUGCUAUGGAAGGUGACGUUGAGUUGGAGUGGGAAGAGACGACAAUGUAAGAGCGCUGAAUUUUCUGCAUUAUGCCUGUCACGGCUUCAUUAAGACCCUGAGUGAGGACGACUGGGGCACUGCGGCCAAACACAGAGCAAACACCAGGAACAUUUAUGAAGCCGACAGUUUGCACACACACACACACACACACACACACACACACACACACACACACACACAAACACAUGGCGUGUGUGUGUGUAAACUGUGUGUAAGUAUAAUCACUUCAGACGUCCCCUGCUCACAUCAUUAACUCAUCGAACAGUGUACCGACGUGUAAAGUCAGAGGAUUAUAAGCUUUUCAUCUGAAUCCUUCCCGUCUGUUCGGUUUGUUUUAGAUUGACACCUUUUACAGUUUUACUUACAUUAGAAUCUUACUAAACAUAUAUUUGUUUCAGAAAUUUGAAACUCCUUUUCUGUCUUCUAUCGAACACGACAAACAUCGGAAAAUGUUAAUAUUGCAAAGUGUAAAAACGUUGAAAUAAUAUGAUCAUUAAUAAUCAUCGGAUUCCUACAUUUUUCAUGAUAAUAAUUUAUGCUACAAGCUGAAGCAAUGAAAGCGAAACGAUGUGUAACUUUGCGCUCUACCCUCACGUUAAUGUCGUUUUACGUGUAUUAUGUAUUACGUGAUCGAUUUAUUUUAUUCAUACAUCCAGUAUGUUACACACGGUAGCGGACGAAGACCCAGCACUCGUCAGCUCGCUAUUUUUAAGUUGUUCCUCAUUUAUUCAAUUUUUAUCAUAAAUUAUUAAGCCAAACAAGUGUUUAUGUCAGGAGCUAUAAAUAUACAGGAUAUUUUUGUGUGUAUAUUUUCAAAUGAAACAGUAUUUGUGUUUUGAAAUAAAUGCGAUUUUUUUUUUGUCUGA